UUUGAUUGAUAUAUAUGCGCCUGACACUAAACAGAACUUCACUCCUCAAAGACAUCUUAUAGAGAAACAUCAUCAUGAUCUUCUCACUGCUUCUGCUGGGGGCUCUGCUACCACAUAUGACCCUUACAGCGUAUGUAAAUGUGGGUAUAGUGAACGGUACCGAAGCAAAGGCACAUUCCAGACCCUACAUGGUUUCUAUUCAAAAAGGUGGUAAACACAUCUGCGGUGGCUUCCUUGUGUCUGAACAGUUUGUCAUGUCGGCUGCACAUUGCUAUACAGAUGGAGAUAAGUUGACGGUUGUGGUUGGAGCUCAUGAUCUCGGACAAAGUUCUCGCCGGAUGGAUGUGGAAGUUUACAACAUCCAUCCUGAGUAUGACUCUAUAAAAGGGCUAAAUGACAUCAUGAUACUUAAGCUCGAUGGAACAACCAAAAAUAUGAAAAACGUCAAAUCGAUCUCCAUACCAAAUAAAGAAGAGGACAUCAAGGCUGGGUCUAAAUGCAGUGUUGCAGGUUGGGGAAGAAAGACCACCAACGGUUCUGGAACUGAUCGUCUUAUGGAGGUUGAUGUCACCGUCAUUGACACGAAAGCAUGUGAGAGAUAUGGAAUAAAACAUUCUCAAGGAAUGUAUGUGCACUUGGUCCUGGGGAAGUUGGGAGAUUCUGGAGGUCCUCUGGUGUGUAAGGACACUGCAGUUGGUGUCGUUUCAUUCGGCGAGAAGAACAACUGUGACAAACCAACAAAGCCAAACGUCUACACCAAGAUUUCCUCAUUUCUGCCCUGGGUUAAAGCUAUACUUAAAGGUGUGAAACAAGAUCUUGACUAACAAAACUCAUUACCAUUCAGAAAGUUAUCAAAUCUUUUCACUUGUCUGCUUCAGUGGAAAAUAAAAAAAAAGUGUUUAUAAAGUUGAAAUCUUGUCAGCGGCAAUACCUAUGUGGUUAGUUCACCGACAUAUAGUGCCAGUGCACUUGCCAACGACCCGUGUUCCAUUCUCGUCUCGAGCGUCCUUUGUCGUUCUCACUGGCCAACCUCUAUCCAAUGCUUUCCUCCUGUCUGUUCUCCUCUGUUCUUUCAAAUUAAA